CUGACAGCCUUCGGAUUUACUACAUCCUUUGCUCUCGCCACCACAAGUAGUACCACCCCCUCACCGAAUGCGCCCUCCUCUCCGACGCGUAUAACACCCAUGGGAAUUACCGGACUUCUCCCCGCCCUCAGGUCCAUCUCCACACAACGACAUCUUUCCGAGUUUGCUGGCCAGACCAUUGGUGUAGACGCGUACGUGUGGCUCCACCGUGGUGUGUUCACGUGUGCCACUCAGCUAGCUACAGGGAAGCAAACCACCAAGUAUGUAGACUACGCGAUGCAUCGCGUGCGACUACUGCGCCACCACGGCAUCGAGCCAUACAUUGUCUUUGACGGCGGUCCAUUACCCGCGAAGAAGGGAACAGAAGGCGAUCGACAAGCACGUCGGGCUGAGCACCUCGCGUUGGGAAACGCGCUUGCUGCCCAGGGGAGGUCGGCCCAGGCACGAGAGCACUACGUGAAAUGCAUCGACGUGACCCCGCAGAUGGCCAAACAGCUAAUAAAGGCUCUCCGAGCGGAGAAUGUCCAAUACGUUGUGGCGCCAUAUGAGGCGGAUGCCCAGCUCGCGUACCUCGAAAUGCAUGGAUUCAUUUCUGGGAUUAUCACCGAAGAUUCUGACCUCCUGGUUUUUGGAUGUCGCAAUGUCUUAUAUAAGAUGGAUGCGGUGAGCGCCACUGCAGAUUGCAUCUCUCAGGACGACUUCCCGCGAAUCACUUCCUCCGUUGAUGGAAUCUCCCUCCACGGCUUUUCGCUCGCCCAAUUUCGUGCCAUGGCCAUCCUCAGUGGCUGCGACUAUCUCCCCAGCAUUCCUGGAAUCGGUUUAAAGACAGCCUGCUCGCUGUUGCGAAAAUGGAGGACGACGGAGCAAGUUGUGAGGUCGAUUAGGAUGGAGGGCAAGAAGAGCGUGCCGCGAGGAUAUUUGGAACAAUUUCGUCUGGCUGAGAAAUGUUUCCUCCAUCAAAGGGUAUACAAUCCUACCGCGCAGUGUUUGGUGCAUUUAACGGAGCCGGAAGAGGGUUUGGAUGAGACGGCGAAUGUAUAUGUUGGACCGGACAUGGACCCCACAUUGGCGAAACGCAUAGCAAUCGGCGAUGCUGACCCCAUAACGCUGAAGCCUAUGGCGGAUAUUUGCCCAGAUUUCAUUCCUCGGGCUCUCAAACCACUUCCAUUUGUAGUCAACGGCGUUGGUCGUCAGCCCAGCGACAACAAGGGCAAGGGCAAAGCGGUUGCUGAAAAUGGAACACUUCUCAACUUCUUCGCACCCAAAUCGAAAUCCUCCGUGCCGCCACGAGCCCUCACCGCAUCCAAAACCAGCGUUGGAGCGAUGGUGGUUGGUAAGGCAAGCGGAAAGCGCACUCUUGCAGAGGAAAUGGAUCGUGACAUUGCUGUCAAACGCAAGAAAUAUGAAGUUGGAGCGCAGUCCAAGUUCUUUCCUGCUACUGCGAGUCAAGCGCAAGCCCGGACUCGGCAUGAGCUGGAAGACCUCACCGCACCUGUUGCGGGCCCUUCGCGAUUCCGAGAAAAAGAGAACGUUCCACUGGAAGGAGAAGAAGACGGGGUCAUUCACCUAGAGGAAGAAGAUAUGGAUGCGGAUCUACAAUGGGACAGCUUGUCCUUGGUUGCGACUGCUGGGGCGGAUGAAAUUGGCCCUGAGGUUGAACAGGAAGACGGUUAUUUUUCGCCAACGCCUUCGUGCUCAAGGGAUACCGAAGAGUUAUCGUCCCCUGCAAGGCGAAUCAUUACCCCCGGAAAACGCAUAAAACCGGAAAGGGAGCUUGUCUCUGACGAUCUAGAUGUAGUGUCGAGUCCACCACCUCAAGCGCCAAUUCAACGACUGCCUUCACUUAAUCUGAGUCUAAUUCGACAAUAUUCUCGGCCAGACGAGCAUGUACUUGUUGCUGCAUCACCUGAUCAAGAGUCAUUUGGAGCCCUACCAAGGAGUACAAACGACCGGUUUGGUGACGGGAGAACCAGCGAUAUCGACUGUUUCGACGACAGUAGCGGCGAAGAAGACGAUUGGGAACCACCUUUGGUUGCGGGAGAAAGUGCUACUCCAACUCCGUCACCGCCAACCCCGUCAGACAUGGGCAGUGAUGAACGAGCAGUAAAUGAAGCACGAGCAAAAAUCGUGGCAGCCGGAUGGCGUGACCGAUGGGCACUCCCAAAAGACUUGGCUCGUUCUGAAUCGACGGGAGGGUUGCGUCGGAGGGAAACAACUGUUACACCGAAUGGACGUCACUUUCCGAUUAAUCGUGUCGUUCGGGGUCAUCCGUAUCACGCUGACACACCAAACUCCGUGCCUUCGAAGAUGACGCGUGCGAAAACGAAGCCGCUACAGUCCAGAAGAAGUUUGACAUUCCUGGAGCCACCGACAACAAAGUCGAAAGGCGGGGGCAGAGUGUCGUCACCAUGGCGCGGGUUACUUCAAGAUCAUCAGGAACCGUCAACGGCCCAUGGCCAAGACGCAGUGGCCAACCGCUUUGCUCAUUUCAGAUGCCCGUCUUGA